GCGUUUUUCAGACCAUCAAUAAUGGAGUAGAAGGAAAAUGUCUGCAUUUCCAUCACAAGAAAACAGACCUUUAAAGAAGCCCAGACUCGGGCCUCCUGAUGUUUAUCCUCAGGAUACAAAACAAAAAGAGGAUGAGCUAACAGCCACAAGUGUAAAACAUGGAUUCAACAACAGUCCUCCUAUUGGUUGGGAUGAGUAUGGGUCAGCAAGAAGAGAAAACAUCAGCCAGGAAAAGUUUGGCAAAGAUUUUAUAUCAGUGCUCAACAAAAAGACUGAAAUUAACACUUUUCAAGACACAACAAAAAAGAAACAAAUGCCUACAAAGGAUAUUUUUUGGCCGGCAGCCAAAAAUCAAAGUGCCAUGAGAGCCUGGUUCAAAGAUCUGGCCGGAAACAAGCCACUGUCCCUGUUAGGAAGAAAGGUGCCCACAUUUAACAAAAAGGAGGAGGUGUUUUCGACCCUGUGUGAGUUUUCAGUGCCGAUGACAAAAGCUGCCUGGUUUAUUAAGAUGACGGCAGCAUACAAUGUGGCCGUCCAGGAGAAGAUGAAGCAGCGCAGACAAAUGGUGGACCAAUCCAUGGAAUGGUGCCAGGCCAUCACUAAGUAUCUGCGGGACCAGAUACAGAAGAUACAGGAACCACACAGUGGCCCCGGCUCCACAGCCGGUUUCCUAACAGUAUCACAACCUGAUCCCAACCAGGCACUUAGACAGUGGCACUACACCUGUAAGCUGGCUAGACAUAUGUAUGAUGAGGGGCUUUUGGACAGAUUCGAGUUCUUGAGCUGGUUAAUUGACCUCAUGGAGAAAAUGAAACAAAAUGAGGAUACAGUCUUCAAGCUUUUGAUGGCACAGAUUUUACUGUAUAUGGAGGAGAUAGCGCUCUCUGUGAUCUUGUCUAGAAGACUGUCCCAUUUCUCAGCUAAAAAGAUUGCUCAGUUGUGUAAUGAAGCAGACUGUAUGCCUCCUCGAACUGAUUCUCCCAUGUUGACCAAUGGCACCACAGGAAUGACCAGUACUCAGAUGAUGUCCCAGAACCCCCUGUCUGCAGUGUUUGCUCUGUACAACAACUGUCCCCAGCACCGCGGUAUCGUCCUCAGUCUGUGUGCUACUGUCCAGAUCGUUACCCUCCUCUGUCCCACGGCGCUGGUCUGGAAUAGCCUUGGGGAUGGGAAGAGCUCUUCUUUCCUCUGUGGGUCACCACUUGACCUUCUACCGUGUGCCCCUUCUAGUCUACCUAUGCCUCAGGGUCCUCAGAACAUGCAGAUUAGAGCACAGAUUCGAAUGUUAGAGGCCCAGAUUAGACAGAGAGGGAGAGCUGCAGAACUUAGAUGGUCCUCGGACAAAUGUCAACAGUCUACCAAAGGUAACACUAUAACCAGAGUGUUAGAAGUUCUAGAUACCCUGGACAGACAUAACUUUGACAAAGAGGAUACAAUGAAUUCCCUGGACACCCUUUAUCACAAGAUCUUCACAGCUAACCAGGUCAAAGACAGCUCAGAGGAGGAUGAAUUAUUACCAAAACCUUUCAUCAGUGAUGAACCAAUCAUACACUUGCUUAUUGACUGGGCAGUUAGCAUUAGAAGGAGUGGUAUAUACAGGGCUGUAGUGGUGGCCAAACUGCUGGAGAAGAGACAAUUAGAAGUGAGGAGUGAGAAAUUCAGCGAGAGCCAGGCGUUGGAUGAUAAGGAGUCGGUAGGCUCCGAUUCGCUUGUUCCGUCAGGAACACCGUACUUUCAGGCUAUAUUGAUGUCUUAUCUGGACGAACAAGCUCCGUCUUUGGAUGACAAUCCCAAUGAGAAUGACCGUCAAGGCUUUGCCAAUCUCAUUCAGCUGUUCAGUGAACUGAUCCGACAUGACGUCUUUUCCCACGAUGCCUACAUGUGUUUUCUGAUCUCGCGUGGUGACCUCAUGUCGUCGCCGUCGGUGAUGACCGUGACCACGGAUUGUAUUGAUCUCUCCAGCAUUAAGAGUCAGAAUGAGAGUGUUAAACACGAGCCUCAGGAUGACUUUAAGGUAGACAUAAUGGACAUGCACACAGCUGUAGAGUUGAGUGAUUUUGGAAGCUUGUUUGGGACUGGAAAAGAUGAACAGAGAACUAGUCCAGAAGAACCAGCUUCUGUAAAGUCUGUGAUGUCAGAAAAAGAGCCUCAUCAUGCCAAUCCUACCCUGCCAAACUCCGAGCAGCAGCAGAAAGGCCCAUCUCGUCACAUGUUGUAUGCCCAGCAUUUUCCAAUCCCGUACGAGGACUCAAUUCACGAGUGUAACCAACGAAUGAUUGUUCUCUAUGGUGUGGGAAAAGCCCGAGAUGAUGCUAAACACAUUGUAAAGAAAAUCAGCAAGGAAGUUCUGAAGAUGUUCAGUAAGAAGAACUGUGUAGACAUCAUCAGCGGGGAACUAGGUCGAGUGAAAAAACGGAAAGAGAAGGAUGCCAACGACUCCUUGUCCAACGUCAGCAUGAACUUUGAGAAUGUUUUUGAAGGAAUUUUUAACAAAUUUCAGAAGUUGUCCUAUCAUGAUCAACACUUUGUGACAGCCCAGUGUAGGAAUGUUGUAUUAGAGGAGAUUAGUAAUUUUACAGCAGGCAGUUCCUUCUACCUCCCCCUGGUAGAAAAUGUCUCCUAUCUGUUUGACUUGAUGGAAUACUCACUCAACAUCUAUGGCCUGCUAGACUUCUCUGUACAGCUGUUGAAGGAGUUAAGUAUCGUAGAGGAGACAUUAUUGGAGCAGAAGUCUAGUCUUGUUGGAAACUACACCACCUCCCUAUGUUUAUGUAUUGUGGGUGUGUUCAGAAAAUACCACGCCUACUUACUGGUGUCCCCAGAUCUUACCAUCACAGCCUUUGAGGGAUUGAUCAGUGUAGUAAGAAAGAUCUACAAUCCUUCAGACUGUUCCUCAUCGGAGAGGUGUAUCCUGGCCUACCUCUAUGAUGCAUACACUUCCUGUAAUUAUCUGAAGGACAAGUUUUGUGACAUGUUCAGCAAUCCCUACAGGAAGAUGAAGAUGACGCUGUAUGCCACCAUUACUCCUUCAGCAUCAAACAAACUCUGGAACCCGAGCUUCAUGGUCAACUUCAUGAACCAGCCCUACAUCAAAAUUCCAUUAGAUGACACUGUUGUCAAUGACCUACGAGAGAAUCCUGCCCACCGUUACAGCUUUGUGUGUAAUGCCAUGCUGCACAUCUGUAAUACACAGGAAACAGACAGGCUGAAUGAGCUUUCUAUUCUGUGUGCUGAAUUGACAGCAAGAUGUAAUGCCUUAAGUUCUGAGUGGCUGGGGGUUCUACAGGCUCUCUGUUUCUCGUGUGCCACUAGCUGUGGAUUUAUAGAUAUCCUCACACAAAUUGAUGUGAGUGACAUGUCAAUUCAUGAUUCUCUGGCUGUCUUCACUGCCAUCCUUAUAGCUCGUCAUUGUUUCUCAUUACAAGAUCUAGUCGUUCAUGUUGUUCUACCUUCAUUAUUGUCUGCCAGACCAACAGCCUCAGGAGACCAGGAUGCAGAGAAUGGAGCCAGACUGACCUGUCACAUCCUGCUGCGGUUGUUUAAGACAUCCGAUAUGACCUUAACCUCACCUGGUCUAAGACCAGGGAGUAAGACCCUGUGUAACAUCAAGAGGUCAUGUGACAAGCACCUGCUGGCUGCUGCUCAUGACAGUAUUACUGUGGGUCCUGUGCUGGCUGUCCUCAAGGCUAUGCUGGUCCUCAGUGACCUGUGUAGUGAUGAAAUGAGGACAAAGUCUGGGUCCAGCAGUAAAAAGGAGGACAAGGAUGACAUAUUUCACUCACUCCUCAGUAGUAUUGAGGAUGAAGAAGACAUGGACAUGAUUAUGGGGCCAUCAAAGAGGAAGCAUGGUAUGGAAAGUGCUGGCCUGAGUGACUUUGCCCGGCAUGCUCUGAAAGAAAUGUGUAAACAAGACUGGGUACAGGAGAAAUUCCUCAAGGACCCUGAGGGGGUGCAGAGCUCUGACCUCCUUCUGGACAACAUGUUAUCCAACAAACAGGCUCAGCAGCUGCUCCAGAUGAUCUGUUAUCCUAAUGGGGUUCCCAAUCAAGUGGACGGUAGUGAACCCGAUGUCAAACAGAUUAUACAGCGUGUUCUACAGACCCUGGAUAUGUGGGGACUUCGUGUUUCUCUUCUGGAGCUACAGCUACUCUUCAAACAGGCAACCACACAGUCAGACACCAAUGUACUGCUGGACAACAUUGCCAAAGGAACUAUUGAACUGUUCCAUCGACAGACUGAAACAAACAGACAUGCUGAAAUGGAUUCAAGUCAACAGAAACCUGACCCAGAUGCUAUCUGGUUGGUGGGUCCCUUGAUCUCUAAGCUCCCGAGUCAAGUCCAGGGUCGAGUAUUGAAGCUCUCGGGGAAUGUCCUUGAGAGUGGGAACAACUUUCACUCCAAAGGUCGUGACAAGGAGAGGAGUCAGAGGAGUAAAUCUCUCCUUAGUCACCAACCCUUCCUAUGUUUGAUACUGACCUGUCUGAAGGGCCAGGAUGAACAGAGAGAGGUCUUGUUAAACUCCCUACUGUCUCAGCUUGAGAGGUUUAUCAAUAACUGCAAGGAGGCUCUUGAUAAAACACCUGAUGAAUUCAAAGUUCGAGCAAAUAUUCAUGAAGCUUUGCUGCUUAAGUUGUCUCUUGUUGGUGGGAUGUUUGACACAAUACAAAGAAAUAUGUCUAACACCACAGACUGGGCACAGCUACUGCUUCAGCUCGUCACUAGUGGAAUAGUGGAAUCUCAGUCCAACAGUGAGCUGUUCACAGUUAUUCUUGACAUGUUAUCUGUCUUGAUACACGGAACACUUGUAACAGAGGGUUCAGACAGAGGUGAAGAUAUCAACAAGAUGUAUACAAACCUCAUUAAAAAACUCAGGAAAGAACUGGGAGAUAAGCAAUCUGACUCGAUAGAUAAAAUCCGUCAGUUACUUCCCAUACCAAAGAAGUUCUUUGAGGUGAUCAGCUGUGAGGCACAUGGAACUCAGAUGGACAGUAAAGGGAAUAAAUACGACGGCUUUGGCAAAAAAGAGGGAUUUCAAGUGGCAAAGAAGGAGAAGAUUAGCCCAUGGGAGGUGAUUGAGGGAUACAAGAACCCCCCUCCUUUAUCUUGGCAUUUCUUUGGUGCAGUAAAACAGGAAAAGAAACCUCUUAAAUAUGAGGAUCAGCACAGGUUGUUAUUGUAUCACACUCACUCACUCCGCCAGCCCCUGGCUCAUUUCUUGGAUCCACCUUCCCUACCCCCUGAGGACCUUGAACCAGUUCCCGAAAAAACUGAGGACAAACCUAAAGAGGUGAGUGAGAGUCACCAUCAGGAUAUGAACAAGAAGAAGAAACCCAAAAAGAAAACAAACAGGACCAACAGUGGGGGUGGACAGGGAGGAUAUAACAUACAGCCUCCUGUUCGCCAGUAUCAACAAUCAGCAAACUGGUACCAAACACAGCCACAACAACAUCCACAGUUCUAUGGCAACCAGCCCAUGCCAGCAGGACCUCGAUUUGAGACCCCUCCCUACGGGAUGCAGAGUAUGACCCCCUCUAAGAUGGCCCUCCAGCAGAUGAUCAGAACUCGUCAUCCUGGCAACAUGCACCAGUGGCCUAACACUAGCCAGCAGUCCAUGCAGGCCCUACAGAUGUUACAGAAGCAGCAUAGCCAUCGAAUGGUUCGUCAGCAAAUCAGACAGUCCUUCCAGAAUCAUAACCGUGGAAUUUCCUCUGAUGGUGGACAGGGCAUGUUUUCUGGUGGCAUGCACUCAAUGAAUCAAUCACAAGUUGGGAUGUCUCAAAAUUAUGGUCCUUCCUACAACAUUCCACAACAGUCUACGACUAUAGACCCUGGUAUGAUGCCUCAGGGGAAUUAUAACCAGUCCUACAAUGGAGCACAGGGGUCAGGCAUGAUGCCGCAGGGAGGAUUCAUUCCUCAACAACAGCAGCCCACACAACAACAUUUCAGUCAGCCAUCUAAUCGAAUGAUGGUACCAGGUCAGAUGCAAGGAGCCCAAAAUACAAUGGGGACUGGGAACACUAACUACACACAGAUGGGGCCCUCAGGGAUUCCUCAGAAUAAUUACAUACAGAACAUACCCUCCAACCCCCAGCAACUUCAGCAAAUAAGGCAACAACAACAGCAACAGAGACUGAUGGCUAUGAAAAGACAAUCCAUGAGCAACCCUGGUCAGCAACCAGGAGCACAGCAGCAACAAAAUGCUGCUCUGAUGGCUCAAAUUCAGCAACAAAUGGCACCUAAUCAGUUUGGGAGCUACACCAACCAGCAGCGAUAUUGAUAUCUUUCAUAUCAUGAGAAUUUGUGGCUGACUGUGGAAAGCAGGUUAUACAAUUAAUGGAUCUAGUUGUUUAUGGUGGUUUUACUGAUCAUGUAAACAAAAUGGAUUUAGAGACCACAGUUCCUGUCAAACAUGUCUGGAUUUUUUAAAAAAAAAAAUUUGG